CCGCUGCUACCCGGUGCUUCUCGUGCGGGAGGACGGCUCCACCAUCCGCAUCCGCUACCGGGAGCCCCGGCACCUGCUGGCCCGGCAGUCACCAUGUUCGGCUCCUCUCGCGGGGGCGUGCGAGGCGGCCAAGACCAGUUCAACUGGGAGGACGUGAAGACGGACAAACAGAGAGAGAACUACUUGGGCAACUCCCUGAUGGCCCCGGUGGGCCGCUGGCAGAAGGGCAGAGACCUGACUUGGUACGCCAAGGGUAAGAGCGGAGGCCCCGGGCCGCUGAGCCGGGAGGAAGAGCUGGCCGCCGUGCGCCAGGCCGAACAGGAGGCCCUGUUAGCCGCUCUGGGCUACAAGAGCGCGCUGAAGCAGCCCACCGGCCUGAGCAAAGAGGACUUCAGCGAGAUCUGCAAGCGGGAAGGAGGCGAGCGGGAAGACAAGGACGUGGACCGGCUCCUGGGGCUGGGCAGCUCCGGGGGGUCCGCGGGCCGGAUGACCAUGUCCAAGCUGGAUCGCGAAGCGGCUAAACUGGGGCUGUCCGUCUUCACGCACCACAGAGUGGAGCCCAGCGCGGCGGGGCCCACCCCCGGACCCGCGCGGAAACCGGAGCAGGACCACAAGGCCGAGCCCGCACGGGCCGAGGGUCGCAAGAGAGGGAAGAAGGAAAAGAAGAAGAAAAAGAAGAAAAAGCACAGGAAGAGAGAGCGGCAUCUCAGGAAAGGAACGGCAGCAGCGGCCUCCUCUUCCUCCUCCGCCUCCUCUUCCUCGUCCUCUUCCCCCUCCCCGGAUCGGCGGGACAGGAGAACGGGGGAGAGGAGCAGGAAGAAGAGGAGCAGGAGGAGGAGGGAGAGCCGAUCCCGCUCCCCGGAACACCGGGCCCCCAGGCGCCGGCGCCGCACGGACUCGGACGACUGAGCCGGACGCCGGGCAGGAGGGGACGAGGGGGGACCGGGGCGCGGGAGGCGGCCGCCGCGCUGUCCCGUUCUUCCCCCACCCCAAUAAAGCGUGGCGGCGGCUCUC